AUCCCCCAUAAACACAUUUCGGACACCGUCUACGUGUGAAUAUUAUCUUUGCCGUUCUGUAGCCCCAGCUUCAAAUUACAAAAUAUUAUUUCGUAUCAUGAAAUUGAAGCUUACUACUGACCGCGACGUUAACUCGCAGGCAUUUCGGCCUGGAGACAGUUUACAUGUCAACCUUCAAAUAGAGGGCUGUAAGCCGACGAGUAUUGGCGAGGUCACCGCGAGGUUUUCCGGCUGCCUAACACUUAUUCUAUCACCGCAAAGGAACGGGUGUAGCAUGAACAAGUCAAACUACACACUAUUUGAGGAAUCAAAGUCAACUACAGUAUCAAGCAUAUGCACUCUGACCUGCACCUACACUUAUUCUUUCGCCUUUCGUUUCCCAACAAGCUUGGCAUGUGCAUGCAACACCAAGUGCCUUCUUCCAUCGACGCUGGACAUAUCCGAUAAACAAAUGAGAAUUAAAACAAAAUAUUCGAUAAAUAUUUCCGUGCAACGACGUGGUUUUGGGCGGGUAAUGAAGAGGAAAACUGUGGCACAGAUCCUUCCGUUUACUUGCAACCCAAUCAUCCCAUCAAUGGAAUCAUCAUGCACGGCCACCCUCCAAGCUGAUAAGUUCAACAACAACCUGGCAACAUCCCCCGAAGCGCAAACCGACAACAGGCGGACCCCUUAUCUUCCUCCGUACUCGCCUUCGUUGAGGCUAGAGGCUAUUCUUCCACAGCCACCGAUUCUGAUGCGCGGCCGUGGGACGCCAGUUCGAUUAAUCUUACACACGCCAAUCGAAGUUCUGCAGUAUGGGAAUAUUUAUGUCCGCAGCAUAAAUAUGCAGUUACAAAGCAGCGCGACAGCUACCGUUCGAUCAUCGUCACAGUUGCUGGUCCAUGAUCGUCGUGGCUGCUUGAUUGUCGGAUUGGUGCCCGUUGCCACUGAUAUUCUGGAACUGGAUUUGGGUGAGUGGAAGAAGUUUACAGUGAUUCAAUCCAAACCUACAUUGAAAUCAUGCUUGCUGAAUCUUGAAUAUUCGCUGAAUAUCACGGUGGGAAUAUCCAAAGGGACAGGGUGCCAUAUUGAGUAUAUAACGGCAUGUCUAGACGUGGUGGUAAUGGACCCGCCGCCAGCGUAUCAGCUACUAGAUUAUAAUGAGAGUUAAUGGAGAUAGUUCUACUCUAUAGUACUACAAAUAUAGUGCGACGUAUUUCGUAUGUCCCACAUAAGUACAUCAUGCCUUAUAGUGCUGUUGAACUGCUUUAUCACAGGCAUCUAUCACUUAGCAAGCCGUCACAAAACAAAAUCCAUCCGGGCACCAAGUAAAUAAAAUGAAAUGGAUUGGAAAUGUAUCACCGCUUGCUACUAAUUCUACAAAUACUUUUCAUCGCUCGUUCUCGCCAUCUUGUCUAUCCACCAGCAAUCACUCAUUCAGGCAGCUGCGAAUUAAGCGCCCCCAGAAAGUUGUACUCAGGCGCCAACGUGUACUGCGGCAUCCCAUUGGUGCCAAACAUCCACGAGUUCCAGUCUGGCCACGCUUGGCCCUGUCCCUGGGCCCAGAUAUUAGCCGAUUGCAUCGCUGCACCGCCAGACUUGUCGUCAAACGCCUGUUGAUGUUGCUGCUGCUGCAUCUGCUGUAGCUGCUGGCGUUCCGCAUCGUUAUGCUCCUUGAGCUUCUCUAGCAUUCCGCGAAGACCCCGACCAAGGUAAUGGGCGACGUGUCGAACACAAGAGCGUGUGUCCUCCAGCAGCUGGACCGUCGAUUCGAUCAACGCUACUACAUCGCCGUGGUGGAUGUUGAGGUUGGCUGACUUCCACUGCGACUGGCAUUUCAUGAGAAACAGACAGGCAUAUGCCAUGGUCGUCAGCAAGUACAGUGGCACUCCAAUGACAGCACGGCGCAUAUCAGUAUCAUUCAAAAUAAGGUCCAGUGCAGCAGCAGCGCUGGCAAUCGCCAUGUUGACAAAUUGGCGCCGCUCAGGAGACAUGGAAGCCUGUCCACUUGGCUGUAGACCCCGCAAGCAGAUGGAAAAGAGGAGCAGCCGUGCAAAAUGGUAGUGUAGUGUGACGCCCUUGGCUGGGUAUUCUGAAAUGUAUGGGUUGGGUUCAAGACGGGUCUUCCAGCGGUCCCGCCAGUAGCCCAUGUCGGCGUCAAACCGUCGAAGAGUCUCAAAUUCGUCACUUCCAAUCAUCCGUGAUCGAUCCGGACCAAAGGUAUGGAAGACGCGGCUAAGAAUAAUAAAGAUGCCGACUUGGCUGUGCAGACGCAAAUCCGCCUGUGUGCAAUCGGGUCGCUGUAAAAAGUGCUCGUGGCAUGUAAUGGUCGGAUUCUCGUUGAUGACGGGUGGUCGACCAUACGCAAUGCUAAAGUGGUGGUCACAGACGUAGAGAAAGUACCAGAGUCGGGCUUCUUGGGCGUAGCUGGUUCCGUCGUGGAGAGCUUUGGCACAGGCCUGAUGCAAGUUAAGCUCAGUCGCAAUGCGCACCGCCAAACCGGACAGCUUCCAGCUAACAUCGGACAGCCAGAAUGCACCAAUACACAAGGCCCGCACGUCAUCAAGCGUGUGAUAACGGUCAAACAUGGUCUGGCUGACGAGCUCUAGGAAGAUUGGGUAGCAGACGUCGUAUGAGCGUCCUUCAUCCUGCGCAUGCAGCGCCGUGACGGCUAGAAUGGCCGAUGUGAGCAGUGUCGACGAUGCACGCACAGAGUCAAGCGUCUCGUGCACGAGGGCAAUACCUCCCCAUAGAUAGGCAUUAAGCGUGCCACGGAAGCUAGCAAACAGCGCCUCGGCCUCUUCCACACUGAUGCGGCCCUGUGAUAUAAAGUCGGGCUCUGUCUGCCGGCUCGACGGUCGAUGGAUGUGUGCGCCAGGAUCGCUGCGAAUGUUGCGCAGCUUGGUCACUUCAAAGAGGCUGGCCAUGGGGGCGUUGACAAUGGCCUCGUCGUACGGCUCGUGGUUCUCGGCUUCGAUGGAGUUUUCUCGUGUCAUGGCUGUCGUGAUUCGGGGGCGGCUCGGGGACGGACCGUUGGGCGUGGCCGCGGCCGAUAGACUGGGCUUGACGUCGAUAGCAGAGUGGCUAUCAGAGAAGCUGGGCCGAGACUGCUGCUGCUGAGGUUGGUGCUGUUGUUGGUGUUGCUGAUGCUGCUGGAGCUGAGAGAGGGGCGGCACAGAGGCUGUAGGUUUCUGCAGCGUCUGUCCUACAUGAGCAGGAUGCUGCUGAUAGGCUGAUGCUGCCGUUCCGUAUUGUGACGAGGGGGUGUGUGCAUUGUUGGCAAUGUUGAGGAUGCUUUGGACUUCGGCGAGGGCGGCUUGGAGAGCCUCGACCUUGGCUUCCAUUUCCACCUUCCACUCAUUCUCGCCGUCCAGGAGCGUCUGCAGGCUCUUGUUGACGACGCAGUCGAGUCCUAGACGGGUGCAGCGCUGACAUUUGUCCUGCGUCCCGUCAAGAUCGCACUUUACUUUGCGGUGUUGACAUGCUUGGCCUGCGGUUGGGUUGGUAGGCGGUUAGCUUGACGAGGUCUCUGACUACGCCACUGUUGGCUGCCCUGCGCUCAUUGCCCCUUGACCAUCAUGAACGACGGCAUUGCCAGACAAUGUCGCCAUCAUCACCGCCGUUGUUAUUCCCGCUGUCGGGCCGAGAAGAGAUAAUGAGCGAUUCAUGCCGGCGCAUCAAGACGCAGGGGGAGGAGGAGGAGCAGAAGAAAAGAAAAGAAAAAAGACUCACAGGCGCGAAUCUUGCGGGAUAUCUUUGGCUGGUGAGCGGCGGCAUCCUGGGACGGGCUUUUGUCCGAGCCGCCCUCAAACCUUGCUCGCUUCAUCGGCAGAGAGCGCGAGUCUCUUGGAAACUUUGAAAUCGGGCGGAGACAGGUCGCAACGGGCAAGCGAUGCUACGAGCAAAGCGAUGAACCCUC